UGGAUGCUGAGUGAAUGAGGAAUCAUGUUCAGAGUCAUUACUACCACUUAGUAGUAGUAUUCUGUACGAGUUCAAUCAUUGUAGUUUUUGUAACUUGUUAGAUGCAGAGUUUAGAAAAUGUGUAUGUGAUUAUUGUGUGAAUUUGGAAAUUACACAAAUCUAGUGAAGUUUACUAAAACUUUCAAUACAAGUUACAUUAACACUAACAGGUGUUUUGUAUUAAGUAUAAGGCUUUAGUAUGCUUUAGAGUUUAGUUAGACUUUUAUACCACUUAAGCAAGGAGGCUACGAGUAUACGGAUGUGUCAGAAAGUUCAAUAGUUUCGAAACUCCAUGACAGCUAUUGAUAAUUCAGUUCUUUUUAUUUGAAUAAGUAGUACCCUAAUUCUGUAUAACAUAUAUAUAUUUAUCUUUUUAAGAACCUUUAACUUUUAUUUCGCCCAAGAGCAUGCAAGCGAUCAAAUGUGUAGUCGUCGGAGAUGGAGCUGUUGGUAAAACAUGCCUUCUUAUAAGUUAUACAACAAAUGCCUUCCCAGGAGAAUAUAUCCCAACUGUAUUUGAUAAUUACUCAGCCAAUGUUAUGGUGGAUGGAAAACCUAUCAAUCUUGGCUUGUGGGAUACUGCUGGGCAAGAAGAUUAUGACAGACUAAGACCACUGUCUUAUCCACAGACAGAUGUCUUUUUGAUCUGUUUUUCAUUGGUAAAUCCAGCAUCAUUUGAAAAUGUUAGAGCAAAGUGGUAUCCAGAGGUUGGCCACCAUUGCCCCAACACACCCAUUAUCUUGGUAGGAACCAAAUUAGACCUGAGAGAUGACAAAGAUACCAUCAACAAGCUGAAAGACCGUAAACUUGCCCCCAUCACCUACCCUCAAGGAUUGGCUAUGGCUAAGGAGGUUGGAGCCAUUAAGUAUCUAGAGUGUUCAGCCCUCACUCAAAAGGGUUUGAAGAAUGUUUUCGAUGAAGCUAUUCGUGCUGUUUUAUGUCCUCAGCCUAAGCCCAGGAAGAAAAAGAAGUGUGUGAUGUUGUGAAGUUCUCUUUUUAAACAGUCAAAAGAUCCAUAAUGAGAGAAAUAAAAUCAUCAUUACACAGUCUGAUUCACUUAUGUUUUAUAGUGGACCACAAACCUUUUACAAGACUGAAAUAUUCUUUCUAAAGUGUUUAAAAUUGUUUUUGUCAAUGCAAGUAAUGUUAAUUUCAAGACCUUUAGUUAAAGAUACGAUACCAUAUAUAUAUAUUGAUAGCUACAUUUAAACAGACUUUGUAAGGUGUUGUGUUUGUAUUCUCAUGUGUUAAUUGAAUGUGCAUCAUCACUGUGUUUACCUACCUUUAUAAGAAACAAUUUGUUUUAUGUCAAAUAUAUUUGUAUAAGGGCAUUGCUAUUUUUAUAUAACUAGCGCUUUGUUCCAAAACUGGAAUAAAGAUGAGGAAAUUCUGACAUUA